AUGGGCCCCACGCCCCAUGGUUCAAAAGUGUUACUCGUGUUACAAAGAGAAGCUAGUCGCAAAUUCUCUGAUAACCUCAUCGCACUCAUUACGAGUCUUCGCAGCUGUAGAAGGUACGAUGAAUCUGGCAUUGAGAGCGUCGUGAAGGAGCUGUCCGCAAGCCACAGUUGUUCUAAGGAGAAGGUGGAAAAGCGCGAGGUUUGGAUAGAGGUUGAGGAUGUGUAUAGCGUGUCAAAGCCACAGGAGAAGGAUGAGGAUAUGAUGAUGACCUCGCAAAUCCGUAGUCUGCUCCAACAGUUCCACCUUGUGCUCACCGUUCAGGAUGCGCUGCUUCUAGCCCACGCACGAUACGCUCCUCUUGGUCGACCACACGAUAAGUAA